GCCAAAACGAAAGAAAGGCCGGACGCAAUGGAGCUGCAAGCUGCGGUCGAGAAGAUCAUGUCGGACGAAGCCGUCUCUGGUCUGGCGUGGCAUGAUGCCAAGGGGCUGCUGCUCGCCGUCGAUGGCGACCUUGCCCGCAGAGGCCACAAUGGCCUCGGCGGCUUGGCGGCCGCCGCCGAUCGCGCCGAAGACCUCGGGCGCGACACGGACGCGUCGCCAGUCAUCCGCAUCGAAACCUCCAAGCGCACGCUGCUCGUUCAGCGCCAAGAUGACCGCUCCGUGCUCGCGAUCUCGACGCUCAAGACGGACGAGGCGUAAGCGCGGUCGUUUAUAUUUUGUUACGGUAAUACGGAGCGAUACGCAUCGUUAAAGUCGACGCCCGUCAUCGUUUUUCCUGCAGCACCUCGAUCAUGCGCUUCUCAAACGCCGACGAC